AUGCAACAACCAACUUCCGUUUCGUCAUCAUCUGAUCCGAAAAUUGCUUGGGAUAAAGUGGCACACAAUGACAAUAUCGUGUACAAGUGCAAGAUUUUUAUUUCUCUAGUGUUUGGAAUUGUAGCUGGAAUUUUUGGAUUAACUGGUUUAUCGGGAUUUUUAUUUUAUGUGGUCGUUUCUUUGGUAAUUUCAUCGGUUCUGAUUGGAUUUUGCCUUCCGAGACCAUAUAGUGUUGAAAGCGUGUUUCCAAAUUGGACCAAUAUUAUUUUCGGAGGAUUCACACAAGGACUUUUAACUUAUAUUUUGUUUUGGACGAUAUCGUAUGACAUUGUUUAUAUUUUCUUUUAA